AUGAGGAUGCACGAGAAGGUGUACGGCUUCCCUGGAAUGCUAGGGAGCAACGACUGUAUGCACUGGCAGUGGAAGAAUUGUCCGACGGCGUGGAGAGGCCAAUUUACCAGUGGGUACAAGGGCAACCACCCGACGAUGAUCCUCGAAGCCGUCGCUGACCAUCGGCUCUGGAUCUGGCAUGCAUACUUCGGUGUAGCGGGGUCGAACAACGACAUCAACGUCCUCAACUCGUCCAACCUCUUCGCCGAUCAAUGCAGGGGUCGCGGCCCGGCCAUCGAGUUCACUGCCAACAGACGCCAAUAUCAUAUGGGGUACUAUUUGGCCGAUGGCAUAUAUCCAAGGUGGCCUGUUUUUUUGAAGACGAUCAGCUUCCUAAUGGGUGAAAGGAGAGUGUUAUUUGCGGCAAAGCAGGAGGUUGCGUGGAAGGAUGUGGAGCGGGCUUUUAGUGUGCUCCAAUCGGGGUGGGAAAUAGUGAAAGAAGCUGGACGUGUCACCGAUUGGGCCGAUGAUGAAGGUGGAUCUAGCUCCAGCACGACGACCCCGCCUCACGUUCGAGGAUUACCGAUGGGCUUCAGUGAGGUUCUAACUAGACAGACCUCAAUGCGCAGCCAACAAGACCAUGCUCAGGUCAUGAACGACAUGAUUGAAGAAGUUUGGAAGCGUAAUGGCCAUUGA